CCUCCUAGCUACUGGCUGAUAUCUAACCUGAUAACAUGGCCGCCUCCUCUGAAACCAACAACGAAUUAUACUCGUCGAACCCGGCGUCCCUCCCUCUCGACGUAGUCUCCGACAUCCUCCUCCUCCUCCCCGUGAAGACCCUCUCGCGCCUCAAACUGGUGUCCAAAUCGUGGCUCUCCCUCAUCUCCAGCCCCUCCUUCAGGUCGUCCCACCGCCGCCGAUCCGAACGGAACCCUCUCCUCCUCGUGGCGACCUCCGAAAGCGACGGUGGGGGAUACCGCCGGACGUACUUUCACGUGCUACUAGACCGUGUAACCACCACAGACUACUACUCACCGAGGGUGCAGUUGCGGCCCCACAGGCUCGUCUUCUCCUGCAGCCUCGACCUCGUCUGCAUGUACGGCUCUGAUGACAUCUACAUCCAAAACCCUGCGACCAGGGAGCAGAUCGCUUUGCCCAGGAAAUCUUCGGGGUUCCGCAGCAUGGUGCACCGCGGCCACGCGGUGGCAUUCGCUUACCUUCCUUCUACAGGGGAAUACAAGGUGCUCCGCGUGUUCGGUGUGUUUCCCCUCUUCAGCCUCCUGCAACCAAUUAUUAGAAGUGAGGUCUUCACACUUGGGUCAGAGAGAUGGUGGGAGAAGGAGGGGCCCCCUUUUAGGGUUCAUGAAGAGAACACGGCUGUCGUCGUCGACGAAGCCGUCCAUUUCCUGCCGGGUAGCUUUGCAUUGCGGCGGGCUGUCGGAGAUCUGUACGAUGACAACAACGAGGCAAUAGCCCGGUUUGAUCUCAAGAGAGAGGAAUGGUCAAAGCUACCGCUGCCCGGCGUAAGACAUUUCUCAGGGAAUUCUCGUGACGAGGCGUUGGACUUUCGCCUGACGCGUCUGGGCGGAUCGCUGUGCAUGGAGUGCUCCGGGCGAUCGAGAGUCGAUCUGUGGCUGUUAGAGGGUGGUAACAUAUGUGCGUCGUGGGUGAAGGCGUACAGCAUCGAUCGCUGCUGCUAUCCUCAUCAGUUCCGCGUCGGGAAGAGCGCUGUUGGAGAGGUCCGACGGCAAGCUGCAGGUCUACAACCCAGCGGAAAAACGAGUUGA